AAUAAUAAGAGGCAUAAAGAAAUUGAAAAACAUAUUUUGAUUUCUUUCUAGAAUCUCCCAAGGGUUUUCACCGUUGGUCGUCUUGGAUAUUCGUCACAGCAAGAGCUCGAAAUUUUCCUCAAGCAGUUGGACGACAUGGCAACUAAGUACAUUAUAGGGUCUGUAUUGGCAUCCUUUGGUGUUGCUUAUGCAUGUGACAGUUUGAUAGCUGACAAGAAGAUAUUUGGAGGUACCACUCCAAGAACUGUCUCUAACAAUGAAUGGUGGGAAGAAACUGAUAAGAAGUUCCAGGCUUGGCCUCGAACUGCAGGACCACCUGUUGUCAUGAACCCAAUUAGUCGCCAGAAUUUCAUCGUGAAGUCAGCUGAUUCUUAAAAUCCUGAGUGUUCGCUUGAACCCUUGUUGUUGAUUUUGUUUCUGUUGCUGCCAUAUGAUCUUUGAUGUCUUCACUUUCUGACUUUGCUGGGGUUGCAAACCUCAUUACACCUUAAUAAUCUUUAUCAGCAGGGUCUUCUACAUAAUACACCAUUAUUCAUUUUUUGUUUCGAGUACAGGGGGAUUGAACCUAACUUUUAGUUGCUUCAAUUGUUAAAUAUAUCUUGAGACAAGAAUUGGGUGUGCCA